AUGGUGGUGAAGCUACCUCUAUACUUCUUCAUCGCCAUUUGCAUUUUUAUCGCCGCCGCUGCAGCAGCGCCUUUCGGUGUAUCUACAAUGUCUUUCGAAGAAGGUUAUUCACCUUUGUUCGGAGAUGGUAAUCUUGUUCGCUCUCCUGAUGAUCGUUCUGUCCGUCUUCUUCUUGAUCAAUACUCUGGCUCAGGUUUUAUUUCGUCGGAUUUAUAUUGGCAUGGAUUUUUUAGCGCCGCAAUUCAAUUACCAUCUAAUUACACUGCCGGCAUCGUCGUAGCUUUCUAUGCAUCAAACGGGGAUGUAUUUGAAAAGACACAUGACGAACUUGACUUCGAAUUCUUAGGAAAUGUGAAGGGAAAGCCGUGGAGGAUGCAAACGAAUGUAUAUGGAAAUGGUAGCACAAACCGGGGACGUGAGGAACGAUAUCUCCUCCCUUUUGAUCCUACAAAAGAGACUCAUCGAUACUCUAUUCUUUGGACCGAUGAGACAAUCAUUUUCUAUAUUGAUGAGACUCCAAUACGAGAAGUGAGAAGGAGAGUCGGCGGUGAUUAUCCAAUGAAGCCAAUGUCACUUUAUGCUACUAUUUGGGACGCGUCGAAUUGGGCUACUUCAGGUGGUAAAUAUAAAGUCGAUUAUCGAUACUCGCCUUUUGUCUCUAGAUUCUCUGAUCUUGUGCUUCUUGGUUGUCGAUCUGAUCCAAUCCAAUUACCUGAAAAUGAGCAAUGUGAUGACGCCAUGGCCGAGCUCAUUUCUUCCGGUAUUGAUACGAUAACAUCAGAGAGACGUCAAGCGAUGCUUCGGUUUAGACAAAAAUAUAUGACCUACUCAGUUUGCUAUGAUACUAUGAGGUAUCCGGAAGGGUUACCAGACUGUGAUAUUGUGUUAUCUGAGAAAAUAAAGUUUAGGGAUAAUGGGCAUUUGAGGAUUACUAACACUAGGCGGAGAUAUCGUCGGAGGAGUAGAAUUCCGGUGACUGGAGGUUAUAGGAGACAAAUUGACACGUGA